CUUGGCAGGACUGACAAUGCUGUGAAAAAUCACUGGAACUCCACCAUCAAGCGACAGGUAGACACAGGAGGCUUCCUCAAUGAAACUAAGGAGUCCAGGUCACUCUACUUGCUUGUGGAGGUGGAUGAGAAGGAAAGCCAAAGCCAAACAAAAGCUGGGAGCCAGAGCAUCCUGCCCAACUGGCCAGUCAAUAUCUCUGACAUAAAGGAAGAGGAUGUCAGUGACGAGGAAGUGGCAGGUGUACAGGAGCUGCAUUCAAAGCUGCCAGCCACGGAACUAGCAGAGCAUAACGCUGAGGGGACCCCGGAUGAUGUGGUGCCUGAGGAUGCCUCUUCACUUGUCACAUCACCGUACAAAUGGGUUGUUGAAGCUGCCAACUAUUUGUACCCAGCAUCUGGACCAGCCUUCAGUGAAGCUCUGGACAUGAUUGAAUCUGACCCAGACGGGUGGUGUGAUCUGACCCAGUUUGACCUGCCUGAGGAACCCUCUGCCAGCAGCAGCAGCAGCAGCAGCAGCAGCAGCCCGGUGAGGCAAACCCCCAGCAAACCAACGUCGUCCCUGCCCAAUGUGACCGAAUACCGCCUGGAUGGCCACACCAUCUCUGACCUCAGCAAGAGCAGCAAAGGGGAGCUCAUCCCCAUCUCGCCACAUGCAGAGGUGAGCUUUGGCACGCCACCCUCUGUGCUGAAGAGGCAGAAGAAGAGGAAGAUCACGCUCUCCCCAGUCACAGAGAACGUCACCAGCACCAGCCUUUCCUUCCUUGACUCCUGCAACAGUAUGACGCCGAAGAGCACCCCUGUCAAGACACUGCCCUUCUCUCCAUCUCAGUUCUUAAACUUUUGGACCAAACAGGAUACACUUGAACUGGAGAACCCAUCUCUGACUUCCACACCUGUGUGUAGUCAGAAGGUGAUUGUCAGCACUCCUCUGCACAGGGACAAGACCCCUCUGCUCCAGAAGAACUCGGCGUUUGUCACACCAGAUCAGAAGUAUGUGGUGGACAGCACACCUCAUACCCCCACACCUUUCAAAAAUGCCCUGGAGAAAUAUGGACCCAUCAGGCCUCUGCCCCAGACUCCUCACCUGGAAGAAGACUUGAAAGAGGUGCUCCGAAGUGAAGCUGGCAUCGAACUUAUCAUAGAGGAUGAUGUGAAACCUGAGAAACAGAGGAGGAAACAAGGAUUGCGCAGGAGUCCCAUCAAGAAGGUCCGGAAGUCUCUGGCGCUAGAUAUUGUGGAUGAAGACAUGACACAAAAUACGCCUGCCCUCCCCAAGACUGUCUGCUUCAAAAGAGCUCAGCCUGUGAAUUUCCUGACGAGGUCCCUAAACCUUUCCUCCUCGAGCAGGAAGAACGACAGUGGUUUGCUCAACAGAGCCUUUGUGCAAGUGCAGCCAGAGAAAAUGUCCUGCAGGAAAAUGCCCAGCCAUUUCAGACCACCAGCACCGAUGACCAGGGCUUGGACAGUGGUAGCCUGUGGUGGAACCAGAGACCAGCUCUUCAUGCAGGAGAAAGCUCGACAGUUUUUGGGCAUGUUGAAACAGACUCACACGUCAAGGACCUUAAUCUUAUAAUGAAGGAUUGUUCUACUUUUCUUAUUUUAUUUUUUUUUCCAUCAGUGGAGGGCGAACCACGGGGAAAAGCUCUCCUCUGCCAGGCCUUAGUGUGGGUGGAUUUUUUCCUUUCUGUGCCCAGGUAGCUCUACAUUGUAAUAAAUGGGGCUAACUGCUGGCUGAUGUGUGGAAUGCAAGUUUGGGGACCAAGGAGGCAGGGUUGGAGAGCAAACAGCAAGAGCUCUGUCUGCAAGACCUUGGCAGAAGCAGCAGCAGACAGCGGCGUUGCACCUCAGAGCAGUGUGUGCAGCAGGCAGGGGAGGCUGGCCUGGCCUGGCCUCUCAGCCUGCCUGGAUCUCGUGCCGGUGCCUCAGGAAUGGCUUUUGUGAAGGUUCCUGCAUGUGUGGUGUCUCCUGACUUUCCCUAGGAGAUGGAGCCGUCCCCCUUCCCUCCGGGAGGAGGGGGAGGGUGUUGUGUGCUUGUGGAAGAUGUGCUUUGGGGUGACCUGCAUUGGGAGGUGGCCCCUUGCUCUCUGUGGGGCUGUUCUGUCCUAGCAUGCUGCAGAAUGGGAGUAUCGGUUGCCUCUCCUCAGAGCUGUGCUCCCUCUUCAAAUAAAUGAUGGUGCUGACAUCA